AUAAGCUACACCGACAAAGAACACCAUGUUUCUGGAUAAAAUUAAACAAAAGUUCGAUCUUAGCGUCGUCAAGAAUAUCGAGCUCGAGGAUAUGGCCAUCGACUUCACUGGACCCGACGACUGGACCUCCACCCUUUCAUCCGACCAUAUGAUUGCUCGUCUCACCCAUAUCCCCGGAUUCACCUGGCCUAUCCAGCAAGUCCGACUUCGUGUCGUUAUUCACGAUAAAGGCAUCGACUUGGGUCAACUAGUAUCUCCUUAUCAACCAGCUUCAGUCUCUGGGGGCAUUGUCACAUCCCGUAUCUCUAAUUCUCUCAUGACCAUCUUUCAGACAUCUACUUCACAAGCUGGCUUCUCUGAAUUUGUGGGCGCAUUAGCCACCAAAGAUCAUCAUACCUUUGUUAUCAAGGGUUCUGCUGAUAUCAUCUUCAACCUCGGAUUUUUAGGGAUUCAUUCUAUUAAGGGUGUUGACUUUUUGUCAGAUUUGACCUUGAGAGGGUUAAAUAAUCUGCCCGAUAUCAAGUGUGCUGACAUUGUGAUUGGAACUUCAGCAACAGGUCUUCCGGAACAACAAAAACCUUACGAACUGUUGCUUAAAACAAAUUUAGAGAUCCAUAACCCUAGUCAACUCUCGCUGUCUUUAGGCGAUCUCACCCUAGCAGUCUUCUUCCCUUCAACUGAGAACCUCAAUCAACCCUAUACGAUUAAGGACCCUAGGCACGAAAUAAUUGACCAAAACAAAGAUCUACAGCGACAGCAACAAGAAGGACAAACACAGCAGCCACGACAGGAGGAAAUACAGCAUCAGAGACAGGAGCAAGAACAGGAACCAAGACAAGCUCAAGCGCAACAAGACAGCGAUGAAAAACAUGAAAAGCACGGAAUGUAUGGUCAUUACAUCGGAACAAUUGCGCUGGAGAAUUUAUCCCUGCAACUCGGAGCUAAUAAGGAUUGUAGCGCCAUCAUCAAACUAGAUACUUCUUUGGAUGGGACAAAAUUAUUUCUCAGGGCCAUUGCGUGUGAACCCCAGAUAGUGCUCUUGAAAGGAUUUCAGCAGACAUCUAAAAAGGAAGCCCUAGCUGCUGGUCUACGAUCCUUCGCAACGUCCCUCUUUAUUCCAAGCUUUACUCCUCCUCCUCUACCCACACCCAUUAAAAUUGAGCGUCAAUAAACU